GUGCGGCAUCCUUCUUUAGUGCAAGUGUUUUGUAGACAUGGCAUAACGAAGGAAGUGGCACUCGACUGCGAAUUUGUCGCCAAAGGCUCGCUUCAACUUGAAAAUAUGUUAGCGAGGGUGUCAAUUGUCAACAGCGACUUAGAAUGCCUUUACGAUGAAUACGUGAAACCACAAGAGGAGGUUACUAAUUACCGCACUCACGUGUCUGGCAUCAGGCCUAAAGAUAUCGAAAACGGAAAAGAUUUUCACAAGGUCCAGAAAGAGGUGCAGGAGAUCGUACGCGGCCGUAUUCUUGUUGGGCAUGAUCUCGAACACGAUUUCAUGGCUCUUAAGUAUUCGCACAGGCGUGACCUAGUGCGCGAUACGUCAGACUACAGAAUACCUGACAAGUACGGCAAGCCAAAACUGAAGGAGCUCGCGAAGGAGUUGCUCGGUAUUGACAUCCAACAAGGGGAGCAUGACUCGGUGAGUGAUUGA